ACCUGAAUCAACUCAAAAUGGAGGAAGGAGAUUCUCUGCAUAGAGUUAACCUGAAUCAACUCAAGAUGGAGGAAGGAGAUUCUCUGCAUGGCGUUAAUCUGAAUCAACUCAAAAUGGAGGAAGGAGAUUCUCUGCAUAGCGUUAACCUGAAUCAACUCAAAUGGAGGAAGGAGAUUCUCUGCAUAGCGUUAACCUGAAUCAACUCAAGAUGGAGGAAGGAGAUUCUCUGCAUAGAGUUAAUCUGAAUCAACUCAAGAUGGAGGAAGGAGAUUCUCUGCAUAGAGUUAACCUGAAUCAACUCAAGAUGGAGGAAGGAGAUUCUCUGCAUAGCGUUAACCUGAAUCAACUCAAGAUGGAGGAAGGAGAUUCUCUGCAUAGCGUUAAUCUGAAUCAACUCAAGAUGGAGGAAGGAGAUUCUCUGCAUAGCGUUAACCUGAAUCAACUCAAGAUGGAGGAAGGAGAUUCUCUGCAUAGCGUUAACCUGAAUCAACUCAAGAUGUCCGCUGCUGUUUCUUUACCCAUCUUGAGACUCCACAGACUGACAAAGGAUCAACUGUCUCUCUGUGCUCCCAGACUUAACCAGAACAACCCGAAGAAGAACAACAAACCAGGUAGAAAACCAACAAAGAAGAAAACACCACCAGCAGAGGAAAGAAACAACCCACAGGAAAUGGACACAACUCUGCUGACAACAAAAGUGUUUCUAGCCAGGUCUCAGUAGUGUCAAGACAUCAGCACGGCCCGAAGGGAAGCAAAAAUAAACCCAAGAUCAUUCUCAAAUUCUCCCGCUCCAUCUUGAGGCCUGACACAGCAAAACAAGAGGUGAAACAAGAGAUGGACGAGCUGCCUAUCGGUACAAGAAGUGAUGAACACUGGUUGAACUCUGUGAAGACAGAGAGCUACGACCCAGAGAUGGGUAACACUAGGGGACCUACAGAGAGCGACCCCAGGACAGAUGCACAUCCGCUGGGUAUGAAGAUGAAGGAUGCCCCCCUGUACCACCAGGAUGGAGGGAGGCAGCUGCAGUCGUCUACCGUUCAGCCAUUCAAUCCGGCUGCGUUGCGGUCUGACCUGGAAUGUUGGCCUCACAACCAGAAGGUCCCCAGGUUCCCGUGUCCAGACUGCGGCCAGAAGUUCUUCUCCAAAAUUCAGUUUAAGUUUCAUUCCCCGGAGCCACACCCAGUACCGGCCGCACUCCUGCGAGGUUUGCCAUAAAACCUUCUCCCGGAAAGGCAGUCUAGACGAGCACCGACCAAUCCACGAGGUGGAGCGUCCCCUUCGCCUGCCUCCAAUGCGGCAGAACUUUCACGUUCAAAUCCAACCUGACCCGCCACAUGCGUUUCCACAGCGAUGCACGGCCCUACGCCUGCCCCCAGUGCGGCCAAAGCUUCAAAAUCUCCGACCACCUGAAGAGCCACAUGACGGCCCACAGUGGAAUAAACCGUACUUGUGCCCGGAGUGCGGCCAGAGUUUCGUCCGUUACAUUAGUCUGAAGUAUCACCGGCUGAGCCACACCGGCGAGCGCCCGCUGUCCUGCCCAGAAUGUCCCAUGACCUUUGCCCGGCCGCACACCCUUAUGAUCCACCGGCGACAGCACAGCAGGAAAACGCUGUUCUCUUGCCAGGACUGUGGGGAGCAGUUCAACGAGGGGUACCAAUUGAAAGACCACGUUACAAUGAAACACACAGGGGAGAAACCAUACAAAUGCUCCGAGUGUGACAAGUGCUUCAUCACUUCGGCGUCUCGUAAAGUGCACAUGGUUGUCCACACAGGAGAGAAGCCAUACAAAUGCACAGAGUGCUGUAGGAGAUACAGUCAGAGUGGGCACCUAGCGCAGCACAUGAGGAGACACACAGGGGAGAAACCAUACAAAUGCUCCGAGUGUGACAAGUGCUUCAUCACUUCAGCGUCUCGUAAAGUGCACAUGGUUGUCCACACAGGAGAGAAGCCGUACAAAUGCACAGAGUGCUGUAGGAGCUACAGUCAGAGUGGGUCCCUGAAGAGGCACAAGUGUGAGCAGCAAACCAGGUGAGAGGAACCUCGGGCUCGCCCCAAAUGGCACCCUAUUCUCUAAAUUGUGCACUAGGGCCCAUAGGGCUCUGGUCAAAAGUAGAGCACUGAAUAGGGUGCCAUUUGGCACACAGUCCCAGUGUUCUGAGUGUAGGAACUGGA